UACUCACUCGGUCCAUCUUCAUCGCUGCCCUGCAAACGAACCCGCUGUCAUUGUCGCACAUUUACCUUUCUUCUCGAGCAGACGUACCCCACCCCCGCUGCUGUCAUGGACCAGGCAGCCAAAGGAGCAGCUGCUCUGAGCGCAGCCAAAUACGACGAGGCCAUCCAACUCUAUACCCAAGCACUGGCUACCAAUCCAAAGGCCGUUUCUUACUACAUUCAACGCUCCACCGCUUACCAGCGCUGCUCGCGAUACCCCGAAGCCCUCGCCGACGCCGAAAUCGCCGUUGUUCUUGCCCACCAGCGUGCACGCCGCGAACUCAUCAGGGAUGCCCAACUGCGCCGUGCCAUCGCCCUGUUCUUCACCGAGAAGUACGCAGACGCCGAUCACAUUCUGUCAAUAGUCAAGAAGCUGGACGACAAGGAGAAAACGUCGGGAGUCUGGGGUAUGAAGAUCGCCAACAAACUCAAGGCCCUGCCAGAGGACGAUGAGCGCAGAAAAGUCUCCGUCGAGGACAUACCCCAGGUGGAGCUUCCGACUGCCCCAGAACCUACCAAGUCUGCCGCGAGCGACAAGUCCAAAGGCGAGCAGAAGUCGGAGCCUGUUGCGCCAAAGCCAGUAGUGCCUACACCCGCGGACAAGAUCAAGCAUGAAUGGUACCAGAACAACGAUUCAGUCUUCAUAACCCUCCUGGCAAAGGGCGUAAAUCCCGACAAGAUAGAUUUCGAGAUUGAAAAGGACUCGCUCUCCGUUUCCUUUCCUAUUGGAGACACAGGCUCCAGCUUCUUAUUCACUCUCGAUCCUCUGUUUGCAGAAGUUGAUUGCGACUCUUCACGUCUGUCCGGAAAAGCUACCAAGGUUGAAAUUGCUCUCAAAAAGGCCACGCCAGGCAUCAAAUGGCACAAACUUGAAGGCGACCAGGGGGUGAAGCCUAUCACAGGCAAUACCACCACGCUCCCCUCCCACGUACUACAGAACAAACCUGAAUCUGGCCCAGCAUAUCCUACCUCGUCGAAGAAAGGCGCAAAGAAUUGGGACAAGCUGGCCGAUGAGAACCUCAACGAAGACGGAGACGAUGCGGAAGGUGACGAGACCUCACGCUUCUUCAAGACCUUGUAUAAAGGCGCCGGCGCGGAUCAGCAGCGUGCUAUGAUGAAGAGCUACCAGGAGAGUGGUGGCACAGUUCUUAGCACGGAUUGGGGCAGCGUUGGGAACAAGUUCAUCAAGCCUGAGCCACCACAGGGGAUGGAAGCCAAGAACUAUUCAAAUUAG